CUAUGCAUCUAUCCCACAUUAAUGGAUCGAAGACUUACAGAUAUCCCCAAGUUUUUUCAUAUAAUUCAGCUGCCUAUAAAAUGGGUGAUACUGAUCACUAUUGUGGCCGUGCUCGUUUGUUGUGAGAGGGUAGUGUCUCUGUGAGAAACACAGAGAAACACAGAGAAACACACACACUAGCACAGAGAGAGAGAGAGAGAGAGAGAGAGAGAGAGAGAGAGAGAGAGAGAUGGGGAGGAGUCCAUGUUGCUCCAAGGAAGGACUCAACCGAGGAGCCUGGACGGCCAUGGAAGACAAAAUUCUUACAGCUUACAUUAAAGCCCAUGGAGAAGGCAAAUGGAGAAACCUUCCCAAGAGAGCUGGUUUGAAGAGAUGUGGUAAGAGUUGUAGACUUAGAUGGUUGAAUUAUUUGAGACCAGACAUCAAGAGAGGUAACAUAUCCCAUGAUGAAGAAGAACUCAUUAUUAGGCUCCAUAAGCUUCUUGGUAACAGAUGGUCUCUAAUAGCUGGAAGGCUACCUGGGCGAACAGACAAUGAAAUCAAGAACUAUUGGAACACUACUCUGGGAAAGAAAGCUAAUGCUCAAUCAACUUCACCACAAUCCAAGCACACUACUGCUACCAACUCUAGACAGAAAAAGCUAGCCACUGAAUCCUCAAACUCACCACUCCCAGCCAAAGUCAUCCGCACUAAGGCCACUAGGUGCACCAAAGUCUUUAUCCCAUUACAGUCUCCCCAUCCACCCCCUGAAUUUCACUCCUUCAACCCAACAGCCAGUGACCCCCCAGCUCAAACUUCCUUCCCAAAUCAUCCUAGUCAAGAGUUCGAUUCUUCUGAUCAACUACUCCACUGUGGAACAUUCACUAAUGAGGAACUCCAGAGUUACCAUCAUGAUGAUGAUUUAGAUUUCUUGAAUCUUGAUUGCCAUGAAUUUCAAGCAAGCGAUGGAGAUGCUGCCCCAGUGGACUAUAAUUACAAGGAGAAUUUGUCCUCGGGUCAUGAUCAUCACCGGUCCCUACCCAUGGAGGGGCCGCCUGUGUUCAACGAUUGGGCCACCAGUGCCUGUUUCGAGGACAGCGCCAAUUUGGACCUAGAUUCCCUAUCAUUUUUCCUUGAUUCUGAGGAAUGGCCACUACAAUAAUAUAUAACUACAGAGCGAGAAAAUCUUAUUAAUAAUAGAUGGGAAAAUAAAAAGUAAAUUUGUGAAUAAAUAACUAUAUAUUUCACUUGUUGCGUAUCAUGAGUGACUCCUGUAGAAUUUGAAGUAAUUAACUAUUAGCAAGCUUGUUGAUGCUGAUAAAUUACUGUUAAUGUUUUAUGCGCAAGAUUUUUUUUUUUCUUUCUGCUGUUAACACUUAAUCUAAUGAAAUUUUAGAAUAAUAAUUAUAGACACCAUAUUUUGGUCGACCCUCAAAUGCAUAACUUAAUAUACAAUUUUCUUUUAAAGUUGCAAUAAA